GGUGUGCCGCUAGCGGCACGCUCAUCCUAGACAGGUUAUACAAUGACGUGGCUAAUUUAUGGAUUUUUCCCGCUUUCACAAAUUCAUGCUGCCAAAAAAACUGAGCAGGUCACAUAAUGUGAAGUAAAUCGAGCGCGCUCAAACUUUCCAUCAUUCUGAUUACGGUAGUCAUUUUGUCACCCUCAUCAUGGCAAAGACACGGAGAAAUGCAUAUGAUGCAGCUUUCAAUUUGAAGGCGAUCGAUCUGGCUGUUUGAAAAGGAAAUAGAGCUGCUGCACGGGAGCUUGGCCUUAAUGAGUCGAUGAUAAGACGUUGGAAACAGCAGCGUGAGAAACUGACUUAGUGCAAAAAGACAACAAAAGCUUUCAGAGGAAAGAAAAGCAGAUGGCCCGAACUAGAAAAUGAGGCUUGGAUGACAAGUGGGGAGAAAUCCUUCACUAAAACGGGCCGCAUGCGAAGAGCGACUUAUGGUCAAGUCUGCCAGUGGGUCCUGACAGCGUGGAGCUGCUGCGUAUUGAAGAGGGCAGCAUAAGCUCAGCGGGGAAUUUGCCUCCGGAUGAAAGUGAGGAGAGUACAAUGAAAACGAUCCAACAUCGGAUGAAGCAAUUCUGAGGCUAUUCAACUCCGACACCAAAGGAGAUGACUUCAGUGGUUUCAGUGCACAGGAGGAAGAUAGUGACCAAGGACUUUCUUGGUAGGCUACUGUUUACUGCUAUUUAAAAAAAAAAAAAUGUUACAAGCCUGUUUUGUUAAAGCCUAUUUAUUUUUGUUACAAGACGUGUUUCGUUAAAGCCUAUUUAUUUUUGUUACAAGCCGUGUUUCGUUUAAAGGCUGUGUAAAGUUCAUUUGUUUCAAUGUACCGGUAGGCACCUGCGGCUUAUAGACACGUGCGGCUUAUUUAUGUACAAAAUACUUUUUUUUUUUUAUUCAGUGGGUGCGGCUUAUAUUCAGGUGCGCUUAAUAGUCCAGCAAUUACGGUAGUUGAGUAUCUGGAGCAUCAGCAUUUGUGGGUUUGAAUACAGGCUAAAAAUGGCCAGAAACUAAUAACUUUCUUCUGAAACUUGUCAGUCUAUUCUUGUUCUGAGAAAUGAAGGCUAUCCCAUGUGAGAAAUUGCCAAGAAACUGAAGAUUUCGUACAACGCUGUGUACUACUCCCUUCACAGAACAGUGCUAACUGGCUCUAACCAGAACAGAAAGAGGAGUGGGAGGCCCUGCUGCACAUCUGAACAAGAGGACAAGUACAUUAGAGUGUCUAGUUUGAGAAACAGACUCCUCACAAAUCCUCAACUGACAGCUUAAUUAAAUAGUACCCGCAAAACACCAGUCUCAAAGUCAACAGUAAAGAGGCGACUCUGGGAUGCUGGCCUUCUAAAUGCCCCAAGAUGGCAUAGCAGUCAGACGUCCUUUAUCCUCGUCUUGUCGUGUCCCGUCUAUAUAUUUACAUCUUUCUUCGCAUAUCUUUUAUAUAUUUUAUUUUCCAAAAACUAAACUUCAAAACACUAUCCUACAACCCGCCUCACCAAUUAUUUUUUUAAAGUAUUAUUUACCUCAAAUCUGAAAUCCACAAUAGAAGCUAGCCAGAAGCAAACCAGAAGCUAAACAGAAGCUAGCCAGAAGCUAAUCAGAAGCUAGCCAGAAGCUAAUCAGAAGCUAGCCAGUUUACUGGCUAACGUUAGUAUUCAGCUAACCACGGUUUGUGGUCAUCAGCUAUCCUUUAGCUCGAAAAGCUAUCGCCAGUUUUGUACAACGCGACUCAGACCAGAACAUACCGGACCUAUUUUUCUUUCCAUAUCCCCGGAUUUCAACCGCAAGCUCUGGACAUUUACACCUGGAUCUCGCAGCUAGCUAGUUGCUAUCAGUGUGACUAUUGGCUUACGUCGAUCCCGGAGCAAACAUAAAUUAUUCCAGAGCUAGCCAGCUGAAGAGUUCCAUCAGCCACUCCUGGGCUACAAUCACCUAUCCGGAGCCGUUUUACUGCCGAUGCGGAGCCCCACCGGGCCUUCACGACUGGACUACCGACGUUAUCUGCCCGAGGGAGUUAUCCAACUGGCCCCUCCGUCGCGACUUUACCUGAACGCCCAUCUGCGGGCUGCUAAUCGUUAGCUGUCUUAUCGGCUGCUAUCUGAAUAGGUCUAUCAAUCAGACAAUUUUUCUUGGGUCACUAUAACUAUAUCUAUUUUGCCAAUUGGAUUGAUCCCCUCUACCACACGGAACCCCACUAAUCUACCGUCGGAAACGCACGAGGUGGCUAAAAUCAGACUUCCAUCCUAUGCUAGCUUGCUACCGAUGGCUCAGCUAGCUGUCUGAAUCGCCGUUACCCAGACCAACCUCACUACUCACUGGACCAUGAUGAUCACUCGACUAAGCAUGCCUCUCCUCAAUGUGAAUAUGCUUUGUCCAUUGCUGUUGUGGUUGGUGUUUAUUGGCUUAUUUCACUGUAGAGCCUCUAGCCCUGCUCAUUAUACCUUAUCCAACCUUUCAGUUCCACCACCCACACAUGCGAUGACAUCACCUGGUUUCAAUUAUGUUUCUAGAGACAAUAUCUCUCUCAUCAUCACUCAAUACCUAGGUUUAACUCCCCUGUAUUCACAUCCUACCAUACCUUUGUCUGUACAUUAUACCUUGAAGCUAUUUUAUCGCCCCCAGAAACCUCCUUUUACUCUCUGUUCCGGACGUUCUAGACGACCAAUUCUCAUAGCUUUUAGCCAUACCCUUAUCCUACUCCUCCUCUGUUCCUCUGGUGAUGUAGAGGUGAAUCCAGGCCCUGCAGUGCCAAGCUCCACUCCUAUUCCCCAGGCGCUCUCUUUUGAUGACUUCUGUAACCGUAAUAGCUUUGGUUUCAUAUAUGUUAACAUUAGAAGCCUCCUCCCUAUGUUUGUUUUAUUCACUGCUUUAGCACACACUGCCAACCCGGAUGUUCUAGCAGUGUCUGAAUCCUGGCUUAGGAAGACCACCAAAAAUUCUGAAAUCUCCAUUCCUAACUACAACAUUUUCAGACAAGAUAGAAUGGCCAAAGGGGGCGGUGUUGCAAUCUACUGCAGAGAUAGCCUGCAGAGUUCUGUCCUACUAUCCAGGUCUGUACCCAAGCAAUUUGAACUUCUACUUUUAAAAAUCCACCUCUCUAAAAACAAGUCUCUCACCGUUGCCGUCUGCUAUAGACCACCCUCUGCCCCCAACUGUGCUCUGAACACCAUAUGUGAACUGAUUGCCCCCCAUCUAUCUUCAGAGCUCGUGCUGCUUGGCGACCUAAACUGGAACAUGCUUAACACCCCAGCCAUCCUACAAUCUAAGCUUGAUGCCCUCAAUCUCACACAAAUUAUCAAUGAACCUACCAGGUACCACCCCAAAGCCGUAAACACGGGCACCCUCAUAAAUAUUAUCCUAACCAACCUGCCCUCUAAAUACAGCUCUGCUGUUUUCAACCAAGAUCUCAGCGAUCACUGCCUCAUUGCCUGCAUCCGUAAUGGGUCAGCGGUCAAACGACCUUCACUCAUCACUGUCAAACGCUCCCUGAAACACUUCAGCGAUCAGGCCUUUCUAAUCGAUCUGGCCGGGGUAUCCUGGAAGGAUAUUGAUCUCAUCCCGUCAGUAGAGGAUGCCUGGUUAUUUUUUUUAAAUGCCUUCCUCACCAUCUUAAAUAAGCAUGCCCCAUUCAAGAAAUGUAGAACCAGGAACAGAUAUAGCCCUUGGUUCACUCCAGACCUGACUGCCCUUAACCAACACAAAAACAUCCUAUGGUGUUCUGCAUUAGCAUCGAACAGCCCCCGUGAUAUGCAAUUUUUCAGGGAAGUUAGAAACCAAUAUACACAGGCAGUUAGAAAAGCCAAGGCUAGCUUUUUCAAGCAGAAAUUUGCUUCCUGCAACACAAACUCAAAAAAGUUCUGGGACACUGUAAAGUCCAUGGAGAAUAAGAACACCUCCUAGCUGCCCACUGCACUGAGGACAGGAAACACUGUCACCACCGAUAAAUCCACUAUAAUUGAGAAUUUCAAUAUGCAUUUUUCUACGGCUGGCCAUGCUUUCCACCUGGCUACCCCGGUCAACAGCACUGCACCCCCCACAGCAACUCGCCCAAACCUUCCCCAUUUCUCCUCCCAAAUCCAGUCAGCUGAUGUUCUAAAAGAGCUGCAAAAUGGACCCUUUCUUUCUAAAAUUAUCUGCAGAUAAUUGCAACCCCUAUUACUAGCCUGUUCAACCUCUCUUUCGUGUCGUCUGAGAUUCCCAAAGAUUGGAAAGCAGCUGCAGUCAUCCCCCUCUUCAAAGGGGGGGGACACUCUUGACCCAAACUGUUACAGACCUAUAUCCAUCCUGCCCUGCCUAUCUAAGGUCCUCGAAAGCCAAGUCAACAAACAGAUUACCGACCAUUUCGAAUCCCACCAUUCCUUCUCCGCUAUGCAAUCUGGUUUCAGAGCUGGUCAUGGGUGCACCUCAGCCACGCUCAAGGUCCUAAACGAUAUCCUAACCGCCAUCGAUAAGAAACAAUACUGUGCAGCCGUAUUCAUUGACCUACAGUGUAAAUUACCUAUGCUUCCCAAAGAGCAAAAGCGUUUAAGUAACGCCCUUGCAAAUGUCCCUUCCCUGUAUCCCUAAUAAUUGUAUAAUUAAUUAUUUAUCAAAUUAUUGCAACUGAUGCCCUAUUUGGGCUUGCCAGGAAAAUAUCAUCUGGGACCAGCAUUGAGGGUCCCAAACAUGCUGGGCAGUUCUUUUCUGACCAAGACAAAGUCAACUGCUUUGUAGGAAGAGCAUCCGACACACCAACUGAGGUAUACUGGAUUUUGAAGAAUGUGAUGUAUCUCACAAUCAGUUAGUUUCACUAGCCCUCUUCUGUGUGACGUGUUUUUGUGUGUAUAACCAACAGCUGGGCUAAUGUUGGAGACAUUAAAAGGUUUGAUUAAUAUCAGGAGAAGCCAUUUAUCCUUGGUGAUGCGAUUAGAUAAUGUAUUCAAUCACCGACACCGAUCACCGACAACGAUGAGACAGCCUAUAGGGAGAAGGUCAGAGACCUGACCAUGUGGUGCAAGAACAACAACCUCUCCCUCAACGUGAUCAAGACAAAGGAGAUGAUUGUGGACUACAGGAAAAGGAGGACCGAGCACGCACCCAUUCUCAUCGACAGGGCUGUAGUGGAGCAGGUUGAGAGCUUCAAGUUCCUUGGCGUCCACAUCACCAACAAACUAACAUGGUCCAAGCACACUAAGACAGUCGUGAAGAUGGCACGACAAAAACUAUUUCCCCUCAGGAGACUGAAAAUAUUUGGCAUGGGUCCUCAGAUUGUCAAAAGGUUUUACAGCUGCACCAUCGAGAGCAUCCUGACGGCUUGCAUCACUGCCUGGUAUGGCAACUGCUCGGCCUCCGACUGCAAGGCACUACAGAGGGUAGUGCGUACGGCCCAGUACAUCACCGGGGCCAAGCUUCCUGCAUCCAGGACCUAUAUAACGGUACCGUAGCGCCAAGUCUAGGACCAAAAGGCUCCUCAACAGCUUCUACCCCCAAGCCAAGCUUCCUGCCACCCAAGCUUCCUGCCAUCCAGGACCUCUAUACCAGGCAGUGUCAGAGGAAUGUCCUAAAAAUUGUCAAAGACUCCAGCCACCCUAGUCAUAGACUGUUCUCUCUGCUGCCACACGGCAAGCUGUACCGGAGCGCCAAGUCUAGGUCCAAGAGGCUUCUAAACAGCUUCUACCCCAAGCCAUAAGACUCCUGAACAGCUACUCAAAAAUGCUACCCAGACUAUUUGCAUUCUCUCUCACCCCUCCCCCUCUUCUACACUGCUGCUACUCUCUGUUAUUAUCUAUGCAUAGUCACUUUAAUAACUCUACCUACAUGUAAAUAUUACCUCGACACCGGUGCCCCCACACAUUGACUCUGUACCGGUACCCCCUGUAUAUAGCCCCACUAUUGUUAUUUACUCCUGCUCCUUUCUAGGACACACGUUCCGCUAGUCGAACCCCUCGACAACAUUCCGCUGAAAAGGCAGCACGGGAAAUUAAAAAAUAUUUUUUAGAAAUAUGUAACUUUCCCACAUUAACAAGUCCAAUACAGCAAAUGAAAGAUACAUAUCUUGUUAAUCUACCCAUCGUGUCCGAUUUAAAAAAUGCUUUACAGCGAAAACACAACAUAUGUUUAUGUUAGAUCAACGCCAAGUCCAAAAAACACAGCCAUUUUCCCAGCCAAAGAUAGGAGUCACAAAAAGCAGAAAUAGAGAUAAAAUUAAUCACUAACCUUUGAUGAUCUUCAUCAGAUGACACUCAUAGGACAUAAUGUUACACCAUACAUGUAUGUUUUGUUCGAUAAUGUGCAUAUUUAUAUCCAAAAAUCUCAGUUUACAUUGGUGCCAUGUUCAGAAAUGCCUCCAAAAUAUCCGGAGAAAUUGCAGAGAGCCACAUCAAAUAACAGAAAUACUCAUCAUAAACUUUGAUGAAAGAUACAUGUUUUACAUAGAAAUAAAGAUACACUUGUUCUUAAUGCAACCGCUGUGUCAGAUUUCAAAAAAACUUUACGGAAAAAGCAAACCAUGCAAUAAUCUGAGAAGGCGCUCAGAUAGAAAACAAAAUUCUCUGCCAUGUUGGAGUCACAGAAAUACGAAAUUACAUUAUAAAUAUUCCCUUACCUUUGAUGAUCUUCAUCAAAAUGCACUCCCAGGAAUCCUAGUUCCACUAAUUGUUGUUUUGUUCGAUAAUGUCUAUUAUUUAUGUCCAAGUAGCUACUUUUGUUAGCGUGUUUAGUACACAUAUCCAAAACGCUCGUGCAAGUCCAGGCGAACGUCGAACGAAAAUUUACAAAAGUUAUAUUACAGGUCGAAUAAACUUGUCAAACUAACUAUAGAAUCAAUCUUUAGGAUCUUGUUAUCCUAAAUAUUCAAUAACGUUCCAACCGGAGAAUUCCUUUGUGUCUGUAGAAGUAAUGGAACGCAAGUCGAUAUCAUUUGGAAUGCGCGUGAGCAGGACCUGGCACUCUGCCAGACCACUGACUGAAACAGCUCCCAUCCGGCUCAACAUCAUGGUAGAAGCUUCAUUCAACGUUCUACAGACUGUUAACAUCUAGUGGAAGGUGUAGGAAGUGCAAACAGAUCCAUAUCCCACUGGGAUUUUAAUAGGCGUUGAGUUGAAAAUCGUCCAGCCUCAGAAUUCCCACUUCCUGUUUGGGUUUUUGUCUGCCAUAUGAGUUCUGAUAUACUCACAGACAUCAUUCAAACAGUUUUAAAAACUUCAGAGUCUUUUCUAUCCAAUAGUAAUAAUAAUAUGCAUAUAUUAGCAUCUGGGACAGAGUAGGAGGCAGUUCACUUUGGGCACGCUAUUCAUCCAAAGUGAAAAUGCUGCCCCCUAUCCCUAAAAAGUUAAUUAUUUGUUAUUCUUAUCGCUUACUUUUUUUUGUGGUAUUUUCUUAAAACUGCAUUGUUGGUUAAGGGCUUGUAAGUAAGCAUUUCACUGUUGUUUUUGGCGCAUGUGACAAAUACGAUUUGAUUGAAUAUUUAACCACCACCCUGUAGUAAGAGAUUCAUGAAUCUUUUGAUACGGUUUUAUGAAUGGCUUGAAACAGAUCGCUCCAUACCUGCUUUGUAAUCAUAAGUAAUGUUUUACACAAAAAUGCACCAAAAUAACUGCUCGUACACUAAAUUGAUUUGGCAUUUUGAUAAACAGUCCCGAUCUGAAACACCAUAUUUGCAGUGCGAGCCUUUCAUGCCUAUGCUCAUGAUGCUGACUAUCAGGUAACAAAUAUUUUUUUAUUUUAUCAUUUAUUCUGUUAAACACCACUUCUUUGUAGUUGUAGACAGUUACCCUGACAGUAUUAAGAAACAGCUAGUUGUAAUUUGUUCUAGUACCUUAAUUAAUCAUCAUCACCCAUUGUAAUGCUCAUUAUGGUUUCUGAUUGUACUUUCCAUUUCAAGCCACUGAUGGUACCAGGUAUGUGACUGGUAGUGGGCUUGCUGACGGAGAACAGAUGGAGGGGUUAUGGUCCUACCUUUGAAAAUGUGGGAAGAUCACAAAAGAGAUGACACCGUCUCAUCGUAUUGACACCCUCACUGAUGCCCUCCUAAAACAAUACAUGAAAUGUAUCUUCACCUUCAUAUAUUAUAGCACCGGCAAUAGAACUCUGUCGGUGGAAGGUCCUGAAGGAGGAAACCAAGGCAAAAGAGGAGUUGAUGGUGUUGCUAAACAGCAUUCCAUUUUAGAUUCCAUGUGUUUUGCUCAUAAUUUUUGUUUAUAUGUAAUGAUUAUUUUCUACUAAUUCAAUCAGAUGAAUUAGAAGCAGGGCUUCAGUAGCUGGAGGCUUUGUCCUACAGAGCGCCUCUUUCUGGAAUGGUUUGCCAUUGUGAGAGAAUCAGACUCGGUCUCAACCUACAAGUCUAGAUGGAAGACAUUACUUUUCUGUUAGUCCUAUGAUUGCGUGUAGUCUGGCCCACAACCCACCCCACCCAUAAACCUUGACUUCCUAAAACAUGAAAGCUAUCUGACCCUAGUCUUGAAGUGUUUGCACCCUCUAUAGCCAUUAUGGUCUUUUCCCUUGACCCUGCUGGUCAUCUAUCUGCGUUUGAACGUGUUUUUGUGUGCUCUAUCCUGUUCUGGUUAUCAAUUAGUCUGAUAAACACGCACACCAUGAACCGCUUUUAUUGUGCUUCUGCCUCUACAUUGCUUGCUCUUUGGGGAUUUAGUUAGGGUAUCUGUAAAGCACUUUGUGAUGCUGUUUUACAACUGCUGAUGUAAAAAGGGCUUUAUAAAAUACAUUUGAUUGAUUCGAUGAUGAAAUCCUUGCUGUGGUUUCACUGACAAUUCAAUAUUUUAGUCAAAUUCCUAACAUUUUCAAUAAGAGAUUUUUCUGUAGCUUGUGAGUUGCACAUGUAGAACUCAGCACAAAACUGGCAGUGUGGUUUUAUUUGUUCUGCAAUAUAUUUAAUUAGGCUCCUGUCGUAGGCAGCACAUAAUCGGACAUGGAUGUUUGGACCCGUCAGAUUAAAAAGACCCUCAUAAACAAGAAGACGUUGUCCCUUACCCGACAGGAGAGAGAUGUGGAAACUCUGGCAGAGUAACAGCGAGUCGCGUUAUUAGUUGCUACAUCUCUGACCUUAGGUUUUACCCCAUCUCUAAACAGCCCUUUCUGUCUGGCUUAGCCCUACCAGUCAUGACUGACACGUUCCUAUAACCUACUGUGUCCUGUAUCCUGGUCCCACCAUCUCCUGGAUCUGCUUAGCUACUCCCUGUUACUUUAUACUCUUAUCACCACCUCCUGCCCUCACUUGUUCUUUUCCUCUACAUAUCCCAGAGACUGAGUGCCCCUCUCCCCUGCUUAAUCUAUUUUACAUGAAGUCUUCUAACCUGUGUGCCAACACUUCUUGCUGCAUAAUCCACUCUACACUCAAAUCUACACUCAAAUGGAUUUUGCCUUCAUAACUGGUUAGUUUUAUGUGGAGAUGCUUUCAUACUGUUAUAUAUUUGCUCAUAUAUUUGUAUAAUAUUUUCUAGAUCUGAGGUGAUGUCCCCGUCAGUCACUGAUGAUAGGAACACUCAGUUGACUACUCGGCUUGAAAACCUGGAGAAAAGGUUGAAGGGCAUGGAGAAGAGAAACUGGAUUGUACGCUGGUCUCUUCAACACUGUGCAGCAAUUUUGGAAACUCUGCAGACUAAGAAGACUCACUGUCCUGGAGCGCUCUUUCUAUUGUGGCCUGGUCAGAAAGUAUGCAGGUACUGCAGCCAAUUCAGUGUCGUCACACCCUGAGAUAUCACUGCUGUUGCUAUCUAAGUCUCAUUCACCCAGGUGUUUUGAACUAUAUGAAAGAUUUCUAUCAAACUUCAAGAUUUUCAUUUUAAAAUUUAAAAAAGAAGGAUGGACAAACCACUGCUGUGUGGCUCUCCAGAAAAAUCAAGCAGACAUCGGAGAGGGAAAAAACAGCAGAUCACCGCCUACAAUGGAAGAAACAAGUCACCUCAAUUCCCUCCAAGACUGGAGUAUGUGGAUGUUCUCUAGCAAGACCAUCCAGUCUGGUCCCAGGUGUACAACAGCUGGGGUGGCAGUCUGCUCUGGGCAAAGCAGGGUGCAGUAAUUCUGCAUAACAUGUGUCGUAGGACAGCAGAGGAGAGGCACCUUUGUACAGGCAGACCUACACAAUAGCCUUUUGUAUUGCCAGAGAGAGCUGGGGCUUUUGGAAGAGGUCCUUGUUUCUCUUGGGCAGUGUGAGGCCGAGCCAACAUGCUUUCACCUGGGUGCCUCUGUGCUGUUAUAAUAAAAUGCAGAACAUAUUAAAGCUCCAGCAAGCAUUUUCAAUGUUGGCUGGUGAUGGCUCAGUCAGCACAGAUGUAGAGAAGGACAGUAAAUCGGAGGACAGUAAUUCAGAAGAUGAAAGUGGUUGAGGUGUGUGUGGAUUCACCUGGUCAGUCUAUUGUAUGUCAUGGAAAGAGUGGACACAAAAAUAUUGCUCCACCAACGCAGCUUUUUAUCUUGUAGGAGAUUGAAAAAGGUGCUCUUAUAUCCUAUGAAUUAUUAUUAUUAUUAUUAUUUUUUUUCACCUUUAUUUAACCAGGUAGGCUAGUUGAGAACAAGUUCUCAUUUGCAACUGCGACCUGGCCAAGAUAAAGCAUAGCAGUGUGAACAGACAACAACACAGAGUUACACAUGGAGUUAACAAUAAACAAGUCAAUAACAUGGUAGAAAAAAAGAUAAUCUAUAUACAAUGUGU